ACUGCAUGAUGCUCUGAGUUCCUAAUCCACCUGUUGCAUCUCACCUGGAGAACCCUUGGCGGAUCAUGGCCCUUGACUGUGAGAAUUGAGUGUUACCAGAUCUGGCUUCAUGUCCUUAUGGCGUGCGCGAUCGAGCCACCCACCAAGGGGACUAUUGUGUAUACUACCUACCGAAAGAGUCUCCGACGAUAAACUAUAUCCAUGGUCAAACUGUAGAUGUCUCUUAUAUAUCUGACCGAGAACCCAAGUUUUGGGAUCAUUCCUCAGCGACAAUCACCUCAAUUGAGUCUCUUAAUAGCUACUAAAACUCAUUGAGUGAGAUUCUUUGUUUACCAUGGGUAAUCCGGAUAUCGAGACGAGCUCGGCAGUUGCUCAGCGCGUGUCGGUGGAAAUCACCAAGACGCAAGUCGGAGUUGGCCGAGAGCAAUUGUCAGACGCUUUGCCGCCUCAUGCCGACUACGAAGGCGGCCAUCGGUGGGAUCCCUCGGCUACAUGGACUCCUGAAGAGGAGAGACGGGCUGUACGAAAGACUGACCUCAAGCUUUUGUCUUGGUUGUGUCUUAUGUUCUUUGGUCUGCAAUUGGAUCGAGGAAACAUCUCGAACGCGCUCGCUGAUGACCUCUUGACUGAUCUCGGAUUGACCACCGACGAUUACAACAACGGAACAACCAUCCAAGUCCUUUGCUUCUUGCUGGCUGAAUUCCCAGUCCAAUUCCUCACCAAGCGAUAUGGCUUCAAGCAUGUUCUUCCCACGCUCAUGGUCUGCUGGGGUCUUGUCUCAACCUUCCAAGCCUUCAUGACUGGACGAGCUGCUUUUUACGUUACCCGUGCUCUGAUCGGCACCUUUGAGGGUGGUUUCAUCCCCGGUGUUAUUCUCAUGGCGACAUAUUUCUACACCUCGAAGGAGCUGUCUAUUCGACUCGCCGCUUUCUGGUCAACUCUCAACAUCGCCCGUGUCAUCUCUGCUCUCCUUGCUGCUGGAUUGAUUGAGAUGCGAGGCGUCAACGGCCACCCCGGUUGGUUUUGGCUUCUCCUCCUUGAAGGUCUUCUUACCGUGGUCAUUGGUCUCGUCUCCAUGGCCUAUCUUCCUACUUCGCCUACCGGCACCAAGUCUCUCAUCUGGCGAAAGUCUUGGUAUACUGAGCGUGAGGAGGUCAUCAUGAUCAACCGUAUCCUUCGAGAUGAUCCUGCCAAGGGUCUCACGGCAUUGAAGGAGCCUGCUACAUGGAAGGAUGUCAAGAACGCAUGGUCAGACCCUUCGCUCUGGGGUCUUUACUUUAUUGGUCUCGUUGCCUACAUUCCUGCCGCGCCUGUUCAGGCUUAUUUGACUCUUACACUUAAACGAGUUGGAAAGUUCAGUACCUUGGCUAGCAACCUGCUCACUGCACCAUCCGCUGCACUCCAGAUCAUCACUAUGCUUGCGCUGGCAUACAGUUCUGAGUACUUUAACGAGAGGACGUUCCACUGUCUGUUCGGAGAGAUCUGGUCACUUCCUCUUCUUACAGCGCUUCUCACUCUUCCUGAUGAGGGCCGAGAAUGGGGACGAUUCUCUAUCAUUACUCUAAUCUCUGGAUAUCCCUACUUCCAUCCUCUGGUUUCUUCUUGGAUUUCCGAGAACUCUUUUGAUGUUAAGAAGCGAGCCAUUGCUGCAGCUACAUAUAACGUCAUCGUUCAAAUGGGAAGCGUUACAAGCUCCCAGAUCUACCGCAAAUGGGAUGCUCCUUACUACAAGAACGGUAACAAGGUGCUCAUUUCGAUCCUGUGCCUCUCUGUCGUGGCCUUCCUCGCCCAGCGAUUCUGGCUCAUCCACCUCAACAAGAAGAAGAUCGAACAGUGGGAACAGAUGACACCGGAGCAGAAGCUCGAAUAUCAGACGGACAAGGAACAGCGAGAGAUUGAUGGAAACAAGCGACUUGAUUUCCGCUUUGCUUACUGAGAGGAUGACUAGGAGUGUUGUGGUGAUUGGGUCGAGUUAGUAUUCUUCAGCAUAUGUAUAUGCUGUAUAUUAAGCAGUUGAUUUCUUCAAGGCCUGAGAAUGGUUACGUAUUGGAUAUAUUGCACACAUUUAUAGCAAG